AUGCCAUUUUAUCAUAAACCUCGAAAUUUUACACCAUUGUUAAUAGCGGCUGAGAAGAAAGCUGUUAAAAAUGGACAGCAUCACGCAAUUUUUACAUCUCGAUUUGAUAAGUAUAUCGGCGAUUGGAAAAAAGAUUUAAAAGAAGGAAAGGGAGUAUUUGUAACCUGUACCGGAAAACUGUAUGAAGGCGACUGGUAUAAAGGCUACCGGCAUGGUUUCGGAGCUCUAAGUAAUAAACUUCCAAACGGAACUUACAAACUCGAAUACAGAGGAGAGUGGGUGAGAGGUAAACCAGAGGGCACUGGUUGGCGAUACUAUGAGAACGGAGACAUUUAUUUUGGUUUCUGGAAAAAAGGUUUUAGACAUGGCUACGGCAAAUUGUGGUAUACUAAUGGUACAUUUUACGUAGGCUAUUGGAAUAUCAAUAAAAGGGAGGGUCUCGGAAUGUUUGUACAAGAAAAUGGCAAUCGUUACGAAGGUAAUUGGGAAAAUGAUACAAAGAAUGGUAUUGGUAGAUUCUAUCACCUGCAUUCAGGCCAACUACAAGAAGGAUGUUGGCAACAGGACAUUUGUGUUAUGUCUAAGAUGUCGGACAUUGAAAUACGACAAUUUUGCGAUUUCCCUACUGAAUAUCCAUUACCAUAUAAUUCUUUGCAAGAUUCGAGAAGAAUCCUGGAAGAAAGCCAGUUUUGGUUACAACAAAGGGUAGGAGUAAUAAAAAAACCACUGAAAUAUUGUAUUGAUCAAAUGUAAUUUACUUCGGAACUUUUAC